UUAGCGUCAACGAUAUGGUUGCGUAUCACUGGGUUGUAUGUAGUUGUGCCAAGCCGGACGUGGUGUAUGUACUGUUUAUACAAAUUACUCAAAAUAAACUGUUCAAAACUAGAAGCCACUUAAAACUUACAAAUCGGAUAACUUACAAGAUUCUCCCUAAAGUGUACCACCGCUAAGGUAGUAAUUUAGCUAUAAAAGGAGCGUGAUCAAUGAGUUGCGUAUGCUGUUUUCGUUCUCGAACAUUGAUUUAACCUAAAGACAUGAGUGGGAACAAGAAAGUGUCAUAUUUCUAUAGUCCUGAUGUCGGGAAUUUCCAUUACGGACCUGGGCAUCCCAUGAAGCCUCAUAGACUAUCAGUGAUUCAUAGUUUGGUCUUGAACUAUGGGCUUCACAAGAAAAUGCAAAUUUAUAGACCAUAUCGUGCCAGCACACAUGACAUGUGUAGAUUCCACUCCGACGAGUACGUUGAGUUCUUGCAACGAGUUACACCCCAAAACCUACAGGGAUACACUAAAUAUUUAAGUCACUUUAAUGUUGGCGAUGACUGCCCUGUAUUUGAGGGUUUAUUUGACUUUUGUUCCAUGUAUACAGGAGCGUCGUUAGAGGGAGCAAUAAAACUGAAUAAUAGCUGUUGCGAUAUUGCUAUAAAUUGGUCGGGUGGUCUACAUCAUGCCAAGAAAUUUGAAGCUUCUGGUUUCUGCUAUAUCAAUGAUAUCGUUAUAGCUAUUCUAGAGUUACUCAAAUAUCAUGCUAGAGUUUUGUACAUAGAUAUCGAUGUGCACCAUGGAGAUGGUGUGCAAGAAGCAUUUUAUUUGACUGACAGAGUAAUGACUGUCUCAUUCCAUAAAUAUGGUAAUUACUUCUUUCCUGGUACAGGUGACAUGUACGAAAUUGGAGCAGAAAGUGGGAGAUAUUAUUCCGUCAAUGUUCCCCUAAAAGAGGGCAUUGAUGACACAAGUUACGUCCAAGUUUUCAAGCCAGUUAUAUCCAAUGUUAUGGAGUUUUUUCAGCCAACUGCCAUAGUUCUGCAAUGUGGCGCAGAUUCAUUAGCCAACGACCGACUUGGGUGCUUCAGCUUGAGCACUAAAGGACAUGGCGAAUGUGUUAAAUUUGUACGUGACCUAAACGUGCCUUUGUUGACUGUUGGUGGAGGUGGAUAUACCCUGCGAAACGUCGCACGUUGUUGGACAUAUGAAACUUCACUGCUCGUCGAUGAACAAAUAAGCAACGAACUGCCUUACACCGAAUACUUGGAAUACUUUGCGCCAGAUUUUACUCUUCAUCCAGAGGUGGUUACUAGACAGGAUAAUGCUAAUAGCAAACAGUAUUUAGAGGCAAUAACUAGGCAUGUCUACGAUAAUCUGAAAAUGGUCCAACACUCGCCUAGUGUACAGAUGCAGGAUGUCCCAUGCGAUGCACUACCUCCAGAAGAGGAAAGGCAACCUGAACCUGACCCAGAUUCGAGGCAAAAUCACCAAGAUCUGGAUAAGCAGGUUGAAGCUGCAAAUGAGUAUUACAGUGGUGAUAAAGAUCAGGAUAAACCUGACGUGACAGAAACAUGAUCAAAGCAUUUGUCAAGAAACUGUAAAUAGUAGAUUUUAAGUAUACAAUAAGUUUACUUAUUAUGCUAUCUGUGAGAAAAUUUUCACGAUGUACAUAUAAUUGAAUUGUACUUAGCUUUAGUACAUUAGCAGGCAGUUUUUUUUUACAUAGACUUGAUAGAACUGAUCAGUAAAAAUAGUUUUAAUCUAAUUACAAAACUUUUGUAAGAACUACAAAGAUGAUUCUAAGUAAUGCACAUUGUAUGAAAUCCUCCUUAGCAUAUCAAAUUGUAGUCAUUGCUCGAAACGAAUGAACUUGAAAAAUUGAAGACCUGGAAAUAUCUGAACCAUUGUAAAGCCUGCGCUUAAUCAUAACGAUGAAUGAAUCAUUUACAAUCUGUACAUACUA